CUACCUUCCUGGGAAGAGUGUGGGGGUAAUGUUGUGCUGGAUGUCCUGAAAGGCAAUGUUGUCGGUUGUUGUUUAGGGAAAUAUUUUGUUCAAGUAAAAAAAGAAAGAAAAGUGAAUGUCCUUCCAAAAUGAGCCGGAUCACACCCAUCCACAGCUGGUCUGGCUCCUAUUACAUCAACAGUGAAAAGCGAUGGGAAAGUGGCACCCUGUCCCUCACUAGGACCAUGCUGUACUUUUACGCACCCCAUAGUAAGGAGAGUCUGGCCAAUUUCCGCCUUUAAAUCAUGGAAAUCAAGAUGGAGUCGUCUAGUUUCAUCUUCAGCACCCUCACCGUGCUCGAAGAGGGCAAUGUGAAACACUGGUUUGGCUCCCUUAAGCCCAACAGGGUAGUGGUUUAUAAUGUGUUGGAACAUUUCUGGAGAGAGCACCUUUUGUCCCCCAGCUCAGAACCCCGGGGGGCGGAGUGUAAACCCUCUAAAGGCAAAGAGCUGAUCAGCCUGGUGGCAGGGGCUCAAAGAAGACUGGAGGACACUGGCAGAGUCCUCAGCCACCAAGGAGACCAGUUUGACAAUAUGAUGCAGGGACUAGAGAAGAUUGACUCAGAUCUGGGAGUGGCUGAUAAACUUUUGUCAGAGCUUGAGUCUCCCUCCUGGUGGCCUUUUGGUAAACUCCCCUGGAAGGCUCAGCAGGAAGCAAAGGCUGAGGAUGCUGCAAGAGCUGCUGCUGCAGUUGCUGCUGCAGCUGGCAGAGAAUCCGGUAGAAAUAAGGUGAUCACAAGCAUCCCAGCUGUAGUGACAAAAGGCGGCGACUCAGACUUAAAACCCGGAUGCCUGUUGGUGCUGGUGUCCUCACUGGAGGUACGAGACACAAACUGCCAACUUCUUCACCGCUUCGAACGAAAUGAAGUCGACGAAAUCAGGGUGCACAGUCCGUAUGAGAUCACUGUCAGACAGCGGUUUAUUGGGAAGCCAGAUAUAUGCUACAGGUUCCUGUCAGCCAAGAUGCCAGAGGCACUGUCAGUUUUAGAGAUGCAGUACAAAAAGAAGCUGGAGCUUACUAGUCAGUUCACUGCAUUUAAGGCAACUCCAGUCUCAUCUCCGUCUGACGCAGAGGGAAAGAACUGGAACGAAGGUUUGCUGCCAAGGUGCCAAGAGACCGAGCUCCCACUGGAGGUCCCAGCAGGAGAUCUCUCCCAGUUGCAGGUGCAAGUCCUCCAGCCAUCUGUCAGUCGGACUGAGGCCCAGGAGCUCAAACAGAUGCUGAUGCAGCUGAAGAAUCUUGCCCUGGAGGCAGAGACAGAACUGGAACGGCACGAUGAGGUUCUGGACGUGCUGACGAGCUCCACAGACCGGGCCACCAUGCAUAUUGAGAAGCACACCUGCCGCAUGAAGAGGCUGCUGUAGUUCUGGCAGACAAGCAGACACACUAUGGCACAUUCUGAGUAUAUGAGGUCAACCAGUGGGAAAAGAUAAAUAUGCUCUAAAUGAUUCAACGGAAUGUUUUCAGUUGCACUUGAUGUUUUAAUCAUAUACUGUGUAAAACAUGGAAAUGGUCUCAAUGACAUUCUGCAUUUGAAGCCCAAAAUCCCUGUCCUCAUGUUGGAAAUGCUUGCUUACUUAUUCCCCCUUACUUUGGAUCAAUAGCAGUAGGGAAAGAGUUGAAGCUGAGGCGGGCCUUAAGUCUGCAUACAGCUACAUGCGCCCAUCUGUCAGUCAACCCAGCCUGUCCUGAAUUAUGUAAAUUCAUAAAAAACCUUUAGCUCAAAUAUUAACAAAGUGGAUGAGUUACAAAACUUGACCCCCCACCCCCUGUUCAAUUCUUACUAAUCAGUGAAUUAGCUAUUCAGACCCAAACUGUUCUUUUACCAGGCUGUAAACAUGUUAAAUUAUGUUGAAAAAAGAAUUUUAACAUGGGACCUAAAGUGGAUUCCUUGGUUUUUGCAGCCAUCCUCAAGUGGACACUCGAGGAACUGCGUUUUUUUGUACACUGGCAUUGGCUUCAUUUUUCAACAUGGGAGGUUAUUAUGACAUACUCACAUGAGUUAGAGUUGCAGGGAUUUCUGGGAAGUGCAUCAAUGUUUGCUGAAAAUGCUCACCACAAACACUGACAUUUGGAUAUCAUUGAAAAUGACUAUAGAAACAGUGUUCUGACAUCUUGUAUCUCAUCUAUGGGAUCAUGCAUGAUGCAUGAUCUUUUAGAAAAACAUAAGUGAACCCCAUUUUUUCAAAUUCAAAAUAGUCAGUUUUAUAAUUUCCCUCUUUUGAUUGAUUGAUUGUGGCGCUUGGUACACAGCCAUCAUUUAAAGACCCAUCCUACAAAGGACCCAGCGUUGGCAGCCUGAAUAUAACCUCAACAGCUACACUGGAACUAGCUAAUAUAACUACCACAGUGUAACAUAACCUUCUGUUUUAAAGAUAAUUUGACGUUUUGAAGGCCUCAUCUGUUUUUUAAUACAAGUAUAUUUAAAAAUAUGACAAAACAAAUUAUUUAUUCUGUCAGCACAAAUGUAAAGUCAACUGCAUGUUGUUCCCAUAGAUGUUGUUUAUAAGAUAAAUGGGAAAUAAUUCAAUAAUUUGCAAAGUGAAAGACUGACGGACUAAAAGUUUAAACGUGUUAGAGAGUCGUCUCAGCGUUUUUGAUGAUUCUGAUAAGAAUGCUUUCCCUUUUAUAACCUUUUUUUUUGUCCCAGUGAAUUUUUCUUUCUCAGGUCCGAUGUGUCACUAAUACUGUCUGCACACAGUUUCUCUGUAGCCCAUGUUGCAUGUCCCAUAUUACUGCUUUGUAUCGCAUCAAGUGAAAAUGUUUCAUCGAUGUCAACAUAUAGCAAAAUACUGUAAAUGUGCAAGGAUGUGCAAUUUCUGGCACUCAGAAAUAUAAAGUAAGACACUCUUCUUGUACUCAAUAAGAGUAAGCUUAAGAUGAUCAUGAAAACAUGUCCCUGAUGAGGCUGUUUAUGUCUUCCUUAUGAUGGAUACUAUUUGAAAUCUGUAUUAUCUGUCUAUGACCGACACGUUUUAUUUUAGUUCAGUGAUUUUAAUGGUCUGUUCUCAAUGUAAACUUGCAAUUAGCUACAUACUGUAUGUGAACUUGAAAUAUCUUUACCAUAUUUUUAAAUAAUCAAUAAUUACUAUAAAGAUGCAUCCAUAAAUGAUCUCUCAAUAUAAAAGAAACAAAUCUGUCAAAGCAUUUCAUUUGAAAUAAAGUCUGGAAUCAAAAUCAUGAUCAUAAAUAA